UCAUCUCUGACGGAGGUAGCCCGGGGCCCACUCAGCUCCCACCAGGAUGUUUACAGAUGACAGAAUGCAGCCAGCCCCACGGGGCUUCCCGAGAAGUAAGGUCUGGAUUCCUGGACAGUCGCCCUCAAAGCCCCUUCCUGGCCCCCUCCUCUCCCAGACCCGGGAGUCCUGACUGCCCCCCAUUCCCUCUAAACCAGGUGUCCAGGCCCCCCAGGUCCCUUCUCCCUGGGACGCAGGAGCAUGGACACAAAGACUCGCUCCCCCAGGUCUCAGCACCCUCCUCCCUGUGCUGCAAAGGUGAGUAGGGGUUCACUCAGGAAGCACUGGGGACUGCGUGCCCCUCCCCCCACUGAAGGACAGACACCAAGCCAGGGGUUUGAGGAUCUUAAUUGGACCCCUUUCCCCAUUGGCUGGUGGGGAGACAGGCCUAGGUGGGCAAAAGUUCUCCCUGUCUGUGAGACCCCCUCAUCCCUGGGCCCUCAGAUCUACCGGACAGGCGACAGGCAUGGAUCCAACCACUCUGGUUGCAUGCUCUCCCCCCAGGUGCCUGGACCGCCCCCGGAACCAGGAGACUCCUGAGAAGUGCCCGACCCCUACACUGUCUCCUUGCCCUCCUAGGCCCCUGGCUGCCAGGGGGUUCUCCUGAGCAGUGGGGCCCAGGGAGGCCUUCUGAGCCUCAGGCCCUCUUGCCCUUGCUGACUAGGGGAAAGACCCUCCGCAAUAAGGCCUGCAAAGUAGAGCUGCUUGCAGGCCUUAGGUCACUAACAGAGGAGUUUCCUGGCAAGGACUGGGGUACCCACCCCUCAGUCCCCUGGUGGGUGAGGAGGGGAGGCCUGGGACCCCCACCCACUUUCCAUGCAGGUCACUAAGGAGGCUCUUCUAGCCAGGCCCCCACCCCACCUCCAAAGCCCCUUCCACCUGGUUGCUAAGAAAGCAACUCCCUACCAACUGGGCGUGACAGGGCCAGUGUGACACCCCCUUCCUUCUUUCUCAUUGCUAAGGGGGCUCCACAGCAACAGAACUUGGAAUCCUGGGGGCUGGGCGGGCGAGCGGGCGGGGCCCCCUGAUUGCUGGGGGAUGGCCCUCAAGGUCUGUCAUCACAGAGGCCCCAGGGGUCUGAGGAGGUGACAUGGUGGGCUGUGGGAUCCCAGCUUUGAGCCUCUUCCUGCUGAUGCAGGGCUCAGUAGAUGGGAAUGGCAUCCAGGGGUUCUUCUAUCCGUGGAGCUGUGAAGGAGACCCAGGAGACCGGGAGAGCUGUGGGGGUCAGGCGGCCAUCAAGAACCCCAAUCUCUGUCUGCGUCUACGAUGCUGCUACCGAGACGGGUUCUGCUACCACCAGCGGCUAGAUGAAAACCUGCGGUGGAAACACAUGUGGGCGCUGAGCUGGUCAUGCGCAGGCCUUCUCUUCCUGAUCUGCAGCAUCAUCUUGUUCUGGUGGGCUGAGAAACAGGAUAUGCUGCGCCUCCCCGGGUUCCUGCAGGGCCAAGGCAAAUCGUCCAGGGCCGUGUCUCUGUCGUCCCAGGACCAGGGGAGUCGGAACAAGAAAAAGGCCUCCAUGGGCAGCGCAUCAAACACUCUUCCUUUGAGGAGUACCCUGGACAACUCAGGGGGCACCGAAGGGGGUGAAGAAACAGAAGGGGAGGAUGAAGAUUAGGGGUGCCUCUGGGGGGACCCCUCAAUAAAGAUAUAGCAUAUAGCCCUGGCUGGUGUGGCUCAGUGGAUUGAGCGGCGGCCUGCAAACUAAAGCGUCACUGGUUUGAUUCCCAGUCAGGGCACAGGCCUGGG